GUUGGAAUACGAGAUAUCUAACUUGUACAAUCGUACACCACCGAUCACCGCCGAUUCUGAAUUGAAUAGUGGAACCGGUGACAUUGUUAAGUCGAAUUCCAAAUCCAGGAAUAAUAGUAGAAUUUUAAGUUUUUUAAUGGUUAUCAUCCUAAUCGUUCUCUUCGUUAAUCAACAAAAUUUUAACCUAUCAAAAAUCCAAUCGCUGUUUUCUGGUUAUGAUUUGGACCAGUCUGUUGUAGAUCCCGCAUUUUGGGAAACUUCCCCAGCAGCAACAGAGAAUGAAUUUUGGCACAUUGUGAAUCCACUGAAGGAAGAUCAAUAUGCAGAAAUUCGACCCACAAGAUACCUGACUUUGUUUGAUGACAAUAAUAUUAAAGAUUCAGAUAUUUCAACAAAAAACCCACAUCAUCCGGACGAAUGGAAAUCAAGCGUGAAAACGUCGUUGAGAAGUCUUAUUUGGUUCUUCAAAUUUGUGAUACUCCCUGUUGCUGUGAUUGUAUAUACCAUAUACUCCCUGGUCGAUUAUUUGCUACCCUUAGAUCCGAAGGAUAAAGACAUUAAAUCAUCGAUUGGCUCUAAUAGUUCCAUGGGAAACACUAUUGUUCUUUCAUCAUCUGGAUAUCUUGGCAAGAACAUUAUUUCUCCGAAAGUUACCACCUUACGUGGUCGCCAUUUGGCCGACGUUGAUCUACUAUGCGCGAAUGCUAAUGGGAUGAUCAUAUCCACCGCUAUGGAUAAACAUAUAACAUCAUGGAACGGGAGGCAAGGAAUAUCAUUGAAAAAGCUUGAAAGGUAUAUGCGUCGUUGUGAAUCAUGUAAAUGUGGCGUUACGGGAGGAAUGAAAAAAUGCAUUUCUUGGCCAGUUAGGGCAAUGUGUAUGAGUGAAAAAGUUGAGUGGGCAGCAGCUGGAUUUGAGGACGGGGUUGUGAGAGUCUGGAAUAUUCAUUCGGGUCAGGCCACGUAUAUUUUAAAGGAUACUGUUGAGGACGUAGAAUCGGUAGUAUCGGUGAUGACAGGAAACCUGACAAAAGAGCGCGUCACCUGUUUGCAAAUUAUCGUACCGAAUUCAUCUUCAAUGAAUAAUACGCCAAGUCAAGAACAUGGAUACCCACAUUUCGCGACGGAUUCAAAUCAUAAAACACCUGCAAUGCUCUUAUCAACCUACAAAAGUGGAUAUUUUCGUGAGUGGGAUCUUAUUUCGGGUCAAAUCGUUCACACUGUUCCCACCAACCAGAAAGGAGGUAUAAGUUAUCUUUGCGUCGUUGAUGAUGGUAAACAGGACUACGAUCAAGAUGAAUUACGAAUUUAUACCGGUGCUCGAGACGGUUCUGUCAAGUGUUGGAUUCGUACGAUUUAUUAUUCGGAAAAUGAACCAAUAAACUCUCAUAUCGAUCCGAAAGAACUACGCAGGAGUCGAUGGAAAUCACCCUAUACGAUUCCCGGGGAACCUGGUAACCCAAUCACUAGUGUUGCUGCUAAAACAAUAAAAACUCAAAACGGUUAUCUUGGUAUUGUGGUUACCGGCGCCUCCGAUGGAGAAGUGAGAGUUUAUGAAUAUUUGACAGGAACACAUAUUGAAACGCUAAGUCAGGGAACCAUUGGAAAAAAACGUCACCAUAUUACCAACAUAAUAAUUCAUCCUCUAAAGAAACAGAGUUGUCCCUGUGGAAUUACCAAGGAAGCUGGAGGGUUCGCAAUAAUAACCUCAUCCGGGGAUGAAAGGGUACAUGUAUGGCAACUAAUACGAAGCGUAAUGGAUUGUACAUGUAUGGCGUUUAAAUUAAAGCAACCGUACAUACAAAAUCCUUUUGUAAAUAUCUCAGAGUGGUAUCAACGUAUUGAACAAUUUGACAGGGUAGCAUCUUAUCAAACCAAAUUCAUUGGACGCGUCAGUCAACCUGGUGGUUCGGCUAUCGUGUUCCUUCGAGAAAACAUAAUUGGUGCUCGUCGUGUCAAAAAUUCGCGCGAAUCAGUACAAACUCAGAAACGGUGUCAUGGCGCAGAAGGCGAAUGGGAAUUAUGGAUAUUGGAUAUUAAUGAUGCCCAGACGAUCGAGAAAGAUAGAGAGCAUGAUGAUUUGGAUGAAUAUGAAGAAGAUGUUGAGUUGACUGUUCAAGUUGUUCCAUUGGUUACUGAGAAAGAUUUAGUUACCGAGGAAAAACAAAAAAUGAAAAAAGAAGAGAUAAAACGACGUGAUAAAGAAAGUGUAGGAGAAUUAAAAGGAUUUGUUCAAGAAGACACACAAGGUCAAGUUGUGGAUUUUCGGCAGCGUAGUCCAAGGCACCGUGUAUAUCCUGACGGGAAGAAUGAUCGACAGUUGGCAUUACUCGAGGAGGAAGACGAGAUGAAUGAGCUAUUGCCAUUUGCUUACAUAAGACAGGUGGUUGGAGUUGGGGAUGAUGGGGUAGCUGUCGCUUAUG